AUGCCCAAGCCCAAACCGGACGCAGUCAACCGCGCUGUCGCACUUGCAGAACAACUAGCCAACCGGUCGGCUGCCGCAACAGCCCACCCACCAUCCUCCACCGCCAUGGCCCAGAAGCGCCCACCGAUCACUUGCCACGUCCUUGACACGACAGCCGGCCGCCCCGCCGCCUCGAUCCCCGUCAGCCUCACGCUCCUGUCCCCGUACGGCCCGAGCACGCCGCUCUCGGCGACUACCAACGGCGACGGACGAGUGACCGGAUGGGCGGCUCCCGCGGGCGACCCGACCACGCUCGAGGAGAUCUUCCACAACAUCAAGGCACACGAGGAGAGUGGGGAACAUGCGGAGAUGGUGUGGGCUCUGAAGUUCGAGACCAGGGCAUACUGGGAGCAGCGGGGGGUGCAGGCCUUCUUCCCCGAGGUCGAGAUCAAGUUUGUGGUGCGCGGGCGCGACGAGCACUACCACGUCCCGCUGCUGCUGGGCCCGUUCAACUACACGACGUACCGGGGAUCGUGA